UUCAGGGCGCCAACGCGACGAUGCGUCAUGUCUUGUCGUUUCUUUCUCUUUUUACUUUGGGGACGCGGGCGAUUAAAUUGCGGCAGGCCCGCUCCACAGACAUUCGUGACAUGGCGAACUGGUUUGGUGUCGAGUCGGCAUACCGCACCCUUUACGACGAGCUGUCCAAAUUAUUCAAGCGGUACUCCGUUGACCAUCGCCAUCUGACGCUCAUCGCUGACGCUGCCACGCAUCGCGGUACAUGGGAGAACUUCAACUUUACAGGCGUCAUUUCACAGAGUGCGAGUCCGCUCUUCCAGAUGACAUUUGCGUCGUCAAAGCGGUGGCUGCACACGGCUGUGAGUCGGGGACUGAGCGAUGAGUUGCAGUCGAUCAGCUCCGCCAUUAUGGUGGGCGAGCGGCCAAAGGUGGGAACGGCGUGUGUGAAGUUGGCACCAGACGCCGCGGUUCUACGUGAUGUGUUGGAGCACACUUUUGAAUAG